CUCGCUGACCAGUUCUGUAACGCCAUCGGAGUGCUGCAGCAGUGUGGCCCCCCCGCCUCUUUCAGCAACAUUCAGACAGCGAUAAACAAAGAUCAGCCUGCUAAUCCCACAGAAGAGUACGCCCAACUGUUCGCGGCGCUGAUCGCACGGACGGCGAAAGAUAUUGAUGUUUUAAUAGAUUCUCUGCCUAGUGAAGAAUCCACAGCAGCUUUGCAGGCUGCUAGUCUGUAUCGAUUAGAAGAAGAAAAUCAUGAAGCAGCUGCCCGUCUGGAAGAGGUAGUUUAUCGUGGGGAUAUGCUGCUGGAAAAGAUACAGAGUGCCCUGGCAGAUAUCGCCCAGUCUCAGCUGAAGACCAGGAGCGGCACGCACAGCCAGCCCCUUCCAGGCUCCUAG